AUGACUCGCCUUCCACCCAAGGAUAAAAAAUAUCUGGAAAAUGUACUUUGUAGGAAAAUUUGUUUAAACGCUAAACCACUUGGCUCUAUGGUCUACGUGAAGGAGUGCCUCAAAGGCACAUUGCCUAUUUGUUUCUGCUUUCCAGUUUACUGCCCCACUAGUAAGGUUUCACUACCACUUGGUACUGAGAAGCUACCAUCCUUCUACCUGUACAGACAUGUACAAAUUAAAAUAUGCAUUAUUUUGAAUAUUUUUCAUGCUAAAGAAUAUAGAUACUCACUGGGCACUUUUUCUUCGGACAGUCUGAAUAUUUUAUUCAUUAGACCGGUCGGAUCAGUUUUUUUUCAAUUUAUUCAAGAACCGAUAGUUGUUUUGUUAAAAAAAUUCAGCUUUUGCUACAAAAAGGUGAAGUCAUCUUGUUGGGGUUAUCAGAUUAUCCUCAUCAUCGUUAAAAUGCAACAAGCACAGAAUAGAAAGUUGGCUAUAAAGAAAUCCUAUCAGUUUAUUCUGUUGGACAUGGUUUUCCAGGGAUCUCUAGAGCCAAUCAGCAUCAGCUGUGAUGUGGCUGUCGAGUUGAUCCCCAUCAAAGUGUACAGCUCCUUCUUACAUCCUCUCAAGCCCGUUCUACCACCACAUCUCACUUUUGCAAAUGAAGAACAAAAAAAUGUGAUUAGAAGUUCCUACAGCCUUGAUAAGCACAUGGCUUCAUGUUGCCAACUGUUUCCGAAUCAGCAACCUGUGGGUGGAUUAAGUUUUGUUAAAACUCGCAAAGUGGAGAUUAUGCAGAGAGACGGACGAAAUUUUCCUUUCUUUUUAAUACAUGUUCUAAGGAUGCUAUCAGCGGAUAACUUUUUUUCUUUCGAAAAAGGACCGAAAUUUCAAGUGAAACUAUUUAAUGAUAUACGAUUAGCCCACUUUUCUUUGACAGAAGCUCAUUUAUUUCGUAGAAAUGAGGUGGUAUCAACUUGUUUCCCAUCUGAUUAA